GUGUCCUAAUUUCUCUUUUGUUCUAGUAGUGGACGGUGUUUGGUUAAUUCUCUAGGAACCAGCAGCAAUGUUUUCCCUUAUAGCUGUGCUUCUUUUAUCUGUUUUGUUUGGCAAAAAUGCACUUGGGGCAUCGGAAAACGAGACUACGACCACAAGUGAAGCGGACAUCAUUAUUUCCGUAGGUAAUCUGUCCCUUUUCCCUCUGAAUUUUGAGGAACACCAGUUGCUCCAUGGCCGAAGGACUACGAUGAAUCCGCUGAUCGGAAGUGAUCAUCCUGAAGAAGCGAAUCGCACAGAACUUCCAGUAGCCGUAACUCCGUCCACCAUCGUUGAUGGCUCUGAUGUAUCCAAUCAUACCGAGAUAAUGGAGGAUGAUCAUUAUCAUACUGAGAGCAGGUUCGAUUCCAAAGGCUGUGAUACUCAUCUCCGCAAUAAGCACGAAGAGGACUGCUACGAGAACUUUGAGGAUGCUAUAGAGGAGUCGGCCGAGAUAGAAGAUGAAGCUGAAAGGGGAAAACGAAUAUGUUGCGCCUCGGAAGGAUAUGAACGGUGCUGUGUCAUUGGCUACAUGGAAGCCAAUUGCGAAGCCGAUAGGAAUGCCAUCAAAGAGAACUUGAAAGCUGCCCGCAUAUUCAUGGCAACUUUAUCCAACACCAGCUGCUCCCUUCAUCGAGGUAAAUGCGACUUCGAUUCGGCAGCAUCACAGCCAUCACUGUCGUCAUUCCUUCUGGUAACUUUGGGACUUUUGCUAGCUGUUUUAAUUCUAUGAUCAAAUUGUCUGCAUAAAUUUCAUUCUAAGAAUGGUUUUUAAUUUUAUCUUGUAUUUAAAUCUACUGAAUUAGUAUUUUAAAUAAAGGUUUUAAUCGAAA